AAGAGUCAGAAGAGAGAUGUGUGGAGGGGGGUGUUGUCGAGUAUCACCCUGGUCGGUCUUCACGGAGGAAGAGCAUACCUGGAGGGAAACAACUGAGCAUGGAUGCAGUGGCAUCUGCCCCCUUCCGGCCAACACAGGGAUUUCUGAGCCGCAGGCUCAAAGGUUCUAUCAAGCGAACUAAGAGUCAGCCCAAACUGGAUCGAACCAGCAGCUUCCGGCAUAUUCUGCCCCGAUUCCGGAGUGCAGACCAUGACAGAACCCGUCUGAUGCAGAGCUUUAAGGAGUCACACUCCCAUGAGUCGUUGCUGAGCCCCAGUAGUGCAGCAGAAGCGCUGGAGCUCAGCAUCGAUGAGGAUGCCAUCAUCAAACCAGUGCACAGCAGCAUUCUGGGUCAAGAGUUCUGCUUUGAGGUGACUACGCCAUCUGGCACAAAAUGUUUUGCCUGUAGGUCAGGGGCUGAACGAGACAAGUGGAUCGAGAAUUUACAGCGCGCAGUGAAGCCAAACAAGGAUAACAGUCGACGUGUUGACAAUGUCUUGAAGCUCUGGAUCAUCGAAGGCAAAGAUCUCCCACCCAAGAAGCGCUACUACUGCGAGCUCUGCCUGGAUGAGAUGCUGUACGCCCGGACAACGAGCAAGAUGAAGACAGACAAUGUCUUCUGGGGAGAACACUUUGAGUUCAACAACCUGCCGGCAGUGCGCAACAUCCGGAUCCACCUGUACAAGGAUACAGACAAGAAGAAGAAGAAGGACAAGAGCAACUAUGUGGGGUUGGUCAAUAUCCCCAUUAGUAGUGUGGCCGGCCGCCAGUUUGUAGAGCAGUGGUACCCAGUCAGCCAGCCCAGUUCCAGCCGGGGAAAGGCAGGUGGCCCUACCAUCCGUAUCAAGUCCCGCUACCAGAGCAUGAACAUUCUCCCCAUGGAGCUGUACAAGGAGUUUGCUGAGUAUGUAACCAACAACUACAAAAUGCUGUGCGCGGUGCUGGAGCCUGUGCUGGGUGUCAAGAACAAGGAAGAGGUGGCAUGUGCACUGGUGCACAUCCUGCAGAGCACGGGCAAGGCAAAGGACUUCCUCUCUGACAUGGCAAUGACGGAGGUUGACCGUUUUGUUGACCGUGAGCAUUUAAUAUUUCGUGAGAAUACGCUGGCAACCAAGGCGAUUGAAGAAUACUUAAAGUUGAUUGGUCAGAAAUACCUCAAGGACGCAAUUGGUGAGUUUAUCCGAGCACUUUACGAAUCUGAAGAGAACUGUGAGGUAGACCCAGCCAAGUGCACCUUUUCCACUUUGGCUGAUCACCAGGCUAACCUGAGGAUGUGCUGCGAACUGGCACUUUGCAAGAUCGUCAACUCACAUUGUGUCUUUCCUCGUGAACUGAAGGAAGUCUUUGCUUCGUGGAGGCAUCGCUGUGCUGAGCGUGGCAGGGAAGACAUUGCUGACCGCCUGAUCAGUGCUUCCUUGUUCCUCCGCUUUCUCUGCCCUGCCAUCAUGUCACCCAGCCUUUUCAACUUGAUGCAGGAAUAUCCGGAUGAUCGCACCUCCCGAACUUUGACCCUUAUAGCGAAAGUUAUUCAAAACCUGGCCAACUUUACCAAGUUUGGCAGCAAGGAAGACUACAUGUCGUUCAUGAAUGAGUUUCUGGAGCUGGAAUGGGGUAGCAUGCAGCAGUUUCUGAUGGAGAUCUCCAAUCCAGACACAGUUACCAAUGCAGCUAGCUUUGAGGGCUACAUCGACUUGGGCAGAGAGCUCUCCACGCUGCACUCCCUCCUGUGGGAGGUGCUGCCUCAGCUCAGCAAGGAAGCUGUGCUGAAACUGGGGCCCCUCCCCCGUCUCCUCAAUGACAUAAGUGGAGCAUUGAGAAAUCCAUCGCAUGUACAGCGACAAUCCAGCCAUAUAGCAGAACGCUACACUUCUGGGCCCAGUAUCAACCGUGGUGUUUCAUCUGACCUUCAGAAGUACACAGUUAAAGAUCUGAACAGCUCAAUCGAUAUGACCAGGCUUCCUUCCCCAACCAAGGAAAAAGGAAAGGAUGUCUUUUAUGUGACAAGGCCUCCUCUUGCUCGCUCCUCCCCAGCGUACUGCACAAGCAGCUCUGAUAUCACAGAACCCGAUCCUAAAAUGAUGACAACGAACAAGAGCAUUUCCAUGAUGGAUCUGCAGGACAGCAGGAGUAUGAACAGCAUAAGUAAUCUCCAAACUGUUGGAGACAUGCUAAACAGCAGUCAGGCAUCAAUUGGAACUACAGUAGGCCUCAGACCCAGCCGGCUAUCACAGGGUAGUGGAUCGAGUGUGUCAGGUGGCCUGCGGUUGGGACAAAUGGGUAUCACCACAGACGGAUUACAUGGACAACUGAGAGUCCCUUUGUCCUUUCAGAAUCCCCUGUUCAACAUGACAUCUGAUGGGCCUGCCUCACUACGGACUCCCGCCGAGCCUGGUGCUGGCCUCUUGGGUUACCAUGGUUACAGCAAGAGCGAGGACCUAUCUGCAAACAAGCAGAUCUUCCAUAGCCACAGCUACAGUGAUGAGUUCGCCCGGCAGAACAGCGAAUUCAGCCGCCGGCAGCUUUCACUCACUGAUAACCUCCAACACAUGCUGUCGGCAGCUCCACCUAACAUCGGCCCCCAAAGGAGGAUAGACCAGCCACCACCUGCCCCUCCACCUCUUGUCAGAGGGAAAACGCAGCAGCUUACUGUUAGUGCAGCCCAGCGACCACGACCACCCAGUGCCAACCUAUUGCAAUCACCUGCUGAGCCAACACAUGGUCCCAAGGUGCGGCAGCAGUCAAUUAUGGCCAAAGCAGACACCCCAGCUCCAAAAUCGGGCAUCACCAAACAGGCUUCCCAUUCACCCUCAACUCUUCACCCCGUCACACCUUCAGAGCGUACUGUUGCCUGGGUGACCAACAUGACCCACCUUUCUGCGGACAUCGAAAGCUCACACCUAGAACGGGAAGAGUAUAAAUUACGGGAAUACUCCAAGUCGAUGGAUGAGAGCAGGCUGGACAAGGGGCAACAGACACAAUAUGAGGAGGAGAUUCUUUCCCUAAAGGAACGGCUGCAGAUGUCAAACCGCAAGCUAGAGGAGUAUGAGCGGCGGCUGAUGUCACAGGAGGAGCAGACGGGAAAGAUUCUGCGAGAGUACCAAACACGCCUGGAUGAAAGCGAGAAUCGUUUGCGUCGGCAACAAGAGGAGAAGGACAACCAGAUCAAAGGCAUUAUCAACAGGCUAAUGGUGGUGGAAGACGAGUUGAGGAAAGACCACGCCAACAUGCAGGAGGCCAUUGAUGCCAAGCAGCGGAUAAUCGACGUUCAGGAGAGGCAGCUCUCAACGAUGGGGGCCACCAAUUCCCGACUGAUGAGCACCCUGACUCACAUGAAAGACCGGUGCAGUGAGACCCAGCUGAACGGCGUGACGUCAUCGCACCCUCCCCCCCGCCUGCAGAUCACCGAAAAUGGCGAAUUCCGUAACGCCAGUGGCCACUGAUGCAAGGGGAAAGGAGGCGGUGGGGUGGGUGGGUGGGAAGAAAGCCAGGUCAGAUGCAAAUCAUCUUCCCUGCCGAUCAUCCUUUCACUUCAUCACUCUCUUUCCCCUGUCCCUGCCCUUAACACUCCCCAUAAAGCACAGGCCUGUGGUGGAAUGGAACUGACAAACAGUGGAGUGAAAACCAAUUGUAACUAUUAACAAUAUUUUAUAUCCUCUCAUCAUUCACGCACGAACACUCCCAAGUCCCAUGGCUGUGGAUAAUGCCUGGAUCUUGAUGCACUUAAAAGUGGUAUAUUUUUCAUUGCACUUUUCUACUUGUGCCAUGUUUAAAUGGCCUGCUGUAUGAGAAAGAAAAGGAAAACAUUUCAGAUAUAAAUAUAUAUAAUAUAUAAAUAAAUAUAACAAUGUACAGUGCACAAAAAUCUCCAUGGUUACCUGGAGAUUAGGUUUGUCUGAAACCUUCAUUGAUAGGGCUGUUAAUUUCUUUCCAGGAUUACAUGUAUGUUUACUGAAUGUCAGAUAGCAAGAAGUCAUUACAGAUCUUGAUGUGUUGGUCUGGUUUACUGGAAAGGAAGUGUGUGCUGCCAUUGCCAUGUGCAUUCCCCCAGUUGCACUCUUCUAUUUCCUGCACCCAAGGUGUUUGUAUCAAUUCUUCUCACGUCUAUCAGGCUUUUGAAGUAAUUUGCCUUGAGAAAUUCAUAUGUACCUCAAAUUUCUGUCAAAAUGGAACAAAUCGGACCUCACUUGAUUGAUUGAGAUUAUACAGUGGGAUUCAAUUACAUUUGUGCAUAACAGAUUAAUUUGAAAUUCCUUUAUUUUUCUUAAAAGACAUUUAUAUAGUGCCUCUCAUAACCACUUGACAUCUCCAAAGCACUUUGUCGCUUUUGCAAUGUAAUCCUGCCGUAAUGUAGAAAAUACAGCAGCCAAUUUGUGUACAGCAAGCUCCCCACUGAUAGUCAUGUGAUAAUGACCAGCCAAUUUAUUUUACAGUGACACUUGUUUAAUAUUAUCAAGACGUUCAGAUCUCUACCUUGUUCUGAUUUGACAUUUAUAUGCCCCUGAAAGAGCAAGCAUUACCUUGGUUUAAUGUCAUACCUGAAAGGCAACACUUCUGAUGGAACAAAACUCAGUAUUGCACUGUGAGAGUCAGGCUGAAUAAUGCACUCAAAUCUUCGGAUUGGGACUUGAGCCCACAACCUUCUAAAUCAGAGGAGUGCUAUUGACUGAGCUAUGGCUGACAUCAGGUUUUAGAUGUUAACAUAUCCGGUAAAACAAUUAAUGGAGGAUCCUUAGCUGACUACUUUGUUCUAGUAAAUAUAUGUUUCACACAACUUCAUUGACAAUCCAGCACCUGUUUGGUUUGUUAACCUAAUCAUGUUUCCUCCCUGUGAACAGUAGAUUCACAGAUCUUACAUUUUGAGAUGUUCCUGAAAGUAAAUGCUAACAGUCCAACUCCUCCCAGUCUGAAACGAGAAGCCAAACUCCUGCUGGCAAUAUAGACUAGAAACUAAACCCUGACUGGUCUCAAAUGGAGGAGUCUAUUCUUAUUCAUCUCAAGUUUGGAAAUCCCAAAUCCAUCCGGAUUGCCAAGCUAGAAGACCAAUGUUUGCUCAUCUUACACUAAGGAGUCCUGUGAUGCUCAUUUCAAGCACAAUAAUCCCAACUUCUGCUAUUCAACUGGAAUUUUCUGCAGCAGAAUCAGAGGUAGAUGACAAUGUGGAAUCUGAAAUACAAACAAAUCAGCCAUGAUCUUAUUGAAUGCUGGAACAGGUUCAAGGUGCCAAAUAGCUACUUCUGGAUAUUUGUAUGUGGUCCCAAUUUCUGCUGGUAUCAAACAAGGAAACGUGAACUCCAUUGAUUUGUAAGCUACAAGGCCAAUCCUGCUAAUCCCUCACACUAGAGCCAAAUUACUGCUGGUUUCAAACUAAAGAAUCCCAUUUUUUGUUGGUGUCACAGUGGAAUCCCAAUUUCAGUUGGUCUUAGGGAAAUUAAACUGAAGGCCAAAUUCCCACUGGUGUCAAUAUAGAAUUCUAACUCCUAAUGGCACAACUUCUGCUGGCAUCUGCAAAUAAAAGCUCAACUUUUUAAAGCUAGUUUCAAAUUUGAAGCACAAAUCCUCCUGAUCUCAAAAUAGAAGUCUCAACUGCUCAAAGGUCCUCAGACCCAAAACCCUGAUUCCUUUUGGUUAUCAAAACUUAAAAAUAUGACACCUGUUAAUAUCUGGGACCAAAGACCCUUACCUCUGCAUCACCAUAACAAUUUGGUCUCUUGGACUGGAAGCCCAGACUACUGAUGGUGCCUUGGUCCCAAAGCACCAACUCCUGCUGGUUAGCAAGUAAAGCCUGACUCUUGUUCGUCUCCUGUACCCAAUGGUCCAAUAUUCAUUUGUCUUUUGGAUGCAAAGCCCUGAAUCCUCCUGGUUUGCUGGACUUUAAAUAUAAAAGCUGGAAGAUAGAAUUUACUAUCAAGUAAUUACCAAUUACAGAACAACAAAGUAAAGAUCCUGGGUGAGCUUUCAGACUAUGUAGAAUGAUAGUGGACAUUACUGAACGAGACUCCUUGGGUUUAUGCAAAACAAACCCACAAUUUUUCAUUUUUCUGAGUCCCUCAAAGUUUGUCAAUGGUGUAGCAAAUUUGAAGUUUGGGUGUUAGUGAUGCAAAGAAUCAGAUAUGUUUGUGGUCAGGAUCAAGGUAGCAAGCAGUGCAGAUAAUCAAGAGGUUGGGGUCAUGCUGAUCAUUAGUUUGUUUCUUGGAGAAAAGAAAGAAUUUUAUUUUCAUAUGAUGUCUUUCUCUACUCAACAUGCUGUUUUAAUACAAAAUGCUUUAUAAAGUGAAGUUGCUGUUGUUUUGUGGAAAUUGCAGCAAACAAUUUGCAUAUAGCAAGCUCCCACAGAGAUCAGUGUGGGAUAUUGCUGGGACAAUCUGUUUGUUGAUAAUUUUCAAAUAUAAAUAUUAACCAGGAGACUAGGGUGAACAGCUCUGCUCAUUUUCAGGUAGUGCCAUGGGAUCAUUUGUAUGAAUCUGAAAGGGAUAAGAUGAGAUCUCAGCUUAACUCUUCAUUUGAAGAGUGGCACCUCUGACAAUGCAGCACCUUCUCAAUCCCAUGUGAAUGUCAAGCUUAUUGUUUUUACUCAAAUCCCUGCUUCAUUUUCUUUAGCCUUCUUUCAGUUAGCCAUGCUAUUUUUUUCUCUUUUUCCUCAGGCCUACCCAAGUGCCCAUCCCUCAUAGUCAAGCCUUUGAUGAUCAACUGGCAGCAGACUAAUUAAGCACAGUAGAGUCCCAAUCACACCCUGCCCACACACAGUACCUGUAUUUGAGGGGACUGGCCCACUGUUAAAUAUUUGGUCCCCUCUUUAAGCCAGAGCAUUGAGCCUAACCUCACCAUCUGAUGCCUGCUUGAGCCAGCAGCGCAUUCAAGUUAACCCUAAAGUUUAUACACCAGUUACAAGGCAUGAAUCAGGAUUAUGAUGGAAUACUUUUCACUGGAUGUAUUCAGUUCCAACAGUGGUCAAGAAGCUUUAUACCAUUUAUGAUCAAGCAGCACAGUUGAUUGGCACACUCAUCCGCCAUGUUAAAGGAGCAUCUCAUAUUCAUGUAGGUAUGUCAAGAAGCAGCAGAAGUUUCAUCCAGUAGAAAACAAAGUGACCUCUGUCAUAGAGUAGGGCUGGCUUUUUCACAUAUGGUGCAUUGGCUUGGGCUAACCACAAAAUCUCAUUCCCAAUUAUUAGCAACUAUCAAACAACCACUGCAGCCUAUAAUUUUGUUUGGAGAUAAUUAUAGAAAUGAGUAAGCCAUUAAGAGCUAGACAAUUCAAACAUCAAUGGAUCAGAUCUAAGUUCUAGUCCUGUGGUGGUGGAAAAUUAAACAACUGAAUGGAGGAGGAUGCUUCGUAAAGAUCUCUCCUCAAUGAUGGGGACCCCAACACAUAAUUGCAAAAGAUAAGGCCAAAUUAUGUGCACCUACCUCCAGCCAGAAGUUCUGAGUGGAUGAGCAAUUUCAGCUUGCUGCAGAGAUGCCAGCAUCACAGAAGUCAGUAUUCAACCAAUUUGAUUCAUCAAAUUUGUGACAUCAACAAACAGCUGAAGGCCUGCAAAGGCUAUUAGCUGUGACAGAAACCCAGCUAUAAUACUGAAGAGUCUACUCCAGAAUUUGUUGCACACCUGAAGAACCUAUUCCAGGACAGCUGCAAUCCACCCAGUGUGGAAACUUGCCCCAGGAAGGUCCUGUACAUGAUAAACAGGACAAAUCCAACAUGACCAAUUAUCAGUUUACUCUUGAUCAUCAAUAGUGAUGGAAGGGAUCAUCAACAGUGCUAUCAAGCAGCACUUGCUUAAGAAUAAUUUGCUCACAGAUGGUUGGUUUGGGUUCCACCAAGGUCACUUUGCUCCUGAUCUCAUUACAGCCUUAAUUCAAGCACGGAGAAAAUAGUUGAAUUCUAAAGAUGAGGUGAGAAUGACUGGCCUUGACAUUAAAACUACAUUUGACCAACUGCGGUAUCAAGAAGCCAAGCAAAACUGAAGUUGAAAAAUCACUGGUUGGAGUCACACCUGGCACAAAGAAAUAUGGUUGGUUGUUGAACAUCAGUCAUUUCAGCUCCAGGAUAUCUCAGCAGGAGUUCUUCAGGUUCUAGUAUUCUAAGCCCAACUAUGUACAGUUACCUCAUCAAUGACCUUUCUAAUCAUAAGGUCAAAAAUGGGCAUUCUCACAGAUGUUUGCACAAUGAUCACUGUUACUUGUAACUUGUCAGUGAGAUGGUAUACAUCCAAAUACAGCAAGAUUUGAACAAUAUCCAGGCUUGGCCUGACAAGUGGCAGGACUAUUUUUCACCAUGUAAGUGACAGGCAAUGAUUAUCACCAACAAGAGAGAAUCUGACCAUUGCCUCUUGACAGUCGAUAGCAUUACUAGUACGAUUCCCUCACUUAUCAACAUGGGGAUCACCACUGACCAGAAGCUGACUGAGCUAGUCACAUAGAUGCAUUGAUUCUCAAGCAGGUCAGAGGUUAAGAAUCUUGCAAUGAGCAACUCAUCUCCAGACUCCCAAAGCCUGUCCACCAUCUAUAAAGCACAAGACAGGACCGUGAUGGAAAUUUCCCUACUUCCUGGAUUCCAACAACACUUAAGAAGCUUGACACCAUGCAGAACAAAGCAGCCUGUUUGAUUGGCAUCCACAAACAUUUACUCCACCACCAAUGAUCAGUAGCAGCAGUGCUCAUCCUGGUUGGAAAUUUAUCACUAUUUCUUCCCUGACAUUGUGUAAAAAUCAGAAUUCCCUCACUGUCACUGUCACUGGCAGAAAUCUUGGAACUCCCUUCCUAACAGUAUUAUAGGUGUACCACAGCAAAUAGACACCUGCAAUUCAAGAAGGGCAGCUUGUCAUUACUUCCUCAAGGGCAAUUAAGGAUGGACAAUAAAUGCUGGCCCAUCGAGAAAUGCUCACAACCCUGACCUGUUUUUUAUAAAAUCAACAUUUUGAGCCUUUUCCACCAUUCAGUUCAAUAACAGGUGAUCAAUUUCUUAUUUCAGUUUACUUACAUUAGUUCCAUAAGCCCUUAUUGAUACAAAAAUCUAUUGUGCCAGUGAUGAAACAUUCAGUUGACUCUCCAGCAUUUUGAGGAGGAGGUGGGUGUUGGUGGUGUGGUGUAAUGAGUUCCAGAUUUCUUUCUGUGAAUAAAUUCUUUGUGACAACACCCCAAA